UCUCUCUCUCUCUCUCUCUCUCUCUCUCUCUCUCUCUCUCUUUCUACCCCUCUUUCACCCAAGUUGGGCAUCAUCAGCAUCAUUUUGCUCUUUGAUCAUUCUUUAGAUAGUACUGUAAAUGUGAUACUUUUGACAUUUUGAUAUGUGAGAACGAUUGGAAAAUUAACGGGGUAAUCGUCGAGCAAAGCUUGACAAGGAGGAGGAAGAGGAAACACGAUAAUGGGCAACGCUACCACGAAAGAUUAUUCAAGAAGUAUCUCCGUUGGCACCAGCUCGAAGAAAACGCGUUGGGAUAAUCCAGGUCUUCCGGCCCCACCAGGCAGACCUAUCUUGAUAUCGGGUACGAACGAAACGCAGCCAGAUGUUGUUGCAAUACGAUGGGAGAGAUCACCCAGUAACGGUGGAUCGGCGAUCGUCGGAUACUUGAUCGAACAUCGGCGACUAGGCUCUCCUCAUUGGAUACGAAGCACCUCCGAUCUUUGUGCUUUUCCAGAACUAACUCUCAGUGGUCUUGAGCCAGGAUGGCGUUACCAAUUUCGAGUUAGAGCACAAAAUGCACUUGGACUUUCACAACCAAGCGAGGUCUCUGAACCACUCACGGUUACUUUACAAAGGGCCACUGUCGCUUGCGCUCCUCAUUUCGACCUAGAGCUUAAAGAUACGAUUGCACUCGAAAACGAACAAACUGAAUUUGUCAUACACUUCUCUGGUACACCAUUGCCAAAAAUCUCAUGGUUUAAGGACGGUUUCGAGAUCUUUAGUAGUAGACGCACCAGAAUUAUUAUUAAUGAUGAGGGUGAAAUUAAAUGUACCGCCACCAAUCGAGCAGGUCAUGUUGCUACCAAAGCUAAAUUAAUUCUCGAAGCACCUCCACGGAUACGAUUGCCACGUCAAUAUGAGGAUGGUUUGCUUUUCGAGCAAGAUGAGACUAUUAGACUGAAAGUAUCUUUAGCAGGUAGACCAAUGCCUUUUGUCACCUGGUACCACGACGGAGAACUGAUAUCCAAAGAUACUAGACAUAUAUUUGAAGUGAUGGAUGGUGAAUCGGUACUGAGAAUACCAGAUGCCAAACGAAGUGAUCGAGGAGAAUACACUGUUAAAGUCACAAACAAAUUAAGCGAAGAUACUGCGUCUUUUCUAGUCACUGUAACAGAUCGACCCGCUGCUCCUGGUAAAGUAGCUGUUGCAAUGACGCUAGGUAGAUCGGUGACGUUGUCGUGGAAGGAACCAGAAGAUGACGGCGGAUGUAAAAUUGGAACUUAUAUUGUCGAGUACUACAGAAUUGGCUGGGAGGUAUGGCUUAAAGCAGUUACAAGCAGAUGCACAACUGCAACAUUAACUGAAUUGAUCGAAGGUUCUGAAUACAAAUUUCGUGUGAAAGCUGAGAAUCCUUACGGAGUUAGCGAUCCGAGUGAAGAAAGCGAUGUUAUCUUCAUUCCAGACAUUAAACGAAGAAUCGUAAUACCGUCUUUAAAUGAAAAAUCGCAAAGUCAUCGAGAGAUCAGCAGAUCUCGUGGCGAUAAACGAGAGGUGAGUUUCACUACGCCAGCGCAAAGAACAAGAAGUCUAACGAGAGAAGAAGCUAAAAUCCGAGACGACGAAAAUAAUGGUCGUUUUAAGUACGACGAACGAUCAGCUUCGGUCCAACGACUCGCAAUGCCAACUUCUACAUUGGAUAGACCGUCCAGAGCCGAUAGUAAAGUAACAUUUGCACUGGAUACUUUGGAAAAAGAAGAACCUCCGAUUCCUCCAAUCAGAUCAAGAGAGCACAAUUCCACGAAGCAACAAGUUUUUCUUGGAAGUCAUACCAAUCGAUCAAAUAUUGCGACAAAUGCGAAAGACAAGCAAGAUGUUAUUAAAAAAGAAGAAACAACAAUGACAUUAAAACCAAUACCAACCAUGCAAAUCUCUCCUCCAAUUAUCGAAGACAAUAUCACGUCACAUUUUAUAAUCAAAGAAAGGAGUCUCUCUCCACUCAACGUGCCAAGAAUUCAAGAACAUCGAAAUGAGGAGAAUCGUACUACAGCAAACCAUCAAUUUUUAUCAUCAUCAAAUUCAAUUCCAAAAAAACAGACCGUUGUAAACGAUUUAUUACCAUUGGAUAAUUUGCAAUCUCAGAGAAUACUACAAGAGCAUGAUGAGAACGCAUUACACGGUAGCUCGGAAUUUAUGCUAGUUCUAUAUCCAGAAGAUGAAACACAAGAUAUAAUCAGCAUGGAGAAUUCUACAGAAAUUCGAGUUAAAAGCAGUAUAAAUGAUAAACGGAAUAUGAUUGAGUUAAUAGAAAAUGAGGACGAUCUCAUACCACCACCAAUAUCAUUAUCUCUUCCAGAAUUAUUUAGCGCGCAGCAUCAAAUGGUGGAAAUAAUGCGAGAAGCGGUUAGCUCUACUGAACUUCUUCACGAACGAGCUAUGGAACGCUUUUAUCGCGCAGUUGCUGCUGAAGAGGCAUCCGAAACUGCCAAACAAAAGACGCAAGUUGAGAAACAAACCAAAUCGACACUAUUAGAUGUCGAAUCUGUUCAGAAAUCAUCGCUUCGAAGACGCUUAUCCAAUUCUGGUACUACUACGCAAAAUUUAAUCACUUCCUGGCAAGCCAAAAAAAAUCGUCGAAGAUUAAGCGAAGGACAAACAGAUGCGGCAUCAAAAACAUUAAAACUUCUUUCGCCAGUUUUGUUAUUGGAUGUUGAAGCUAGAUCAGAUCCAAAUCUUCCCUCUGAAGUGACAAUGGCAGAUCCUUGGGAAAAGACCAACAAAGUCGAAUCCGUGGAACGUCUGCGUAGAUGGCAUGAAACGACUGUACCGUUACUAAAAGAGGUGCAACAAGAGGAGUCGAUACAAAUGUAUAAUGAAGAGAAGAUGAUAAUUCCAUCAUCCAUUACUGUGGAUAAAGUAGAAUCUCAAUCACUGGCUCAAACAAAGGAAACAGAGGAGGAGGAAAAUAUUAGCAUUGAGACUUCCGAAGAGUCAUCAGAAGAGAUCAGUAGUGCAGACAGCGAGGAUUUGAAAUUAUUAAAAUCAAGGAUCCUGGCAAGACAAAUUAUCGAUGAAGAAGAUACUUAUCAUCCUAGGGGAAAACCAAUUCCACACGUUGAACCGGAACUACAGAUUUCGUAUGACGGAUUACCAAUUUGUGAGAUUUCAUCUCUUUCACCCAUUAAAACGGUUACUUCCGCGUCAUCUAAUAAUGUGAUGCCCAAGUCAAUUCUAAAAAAGCCCAAAGACGAAAUGACAAUUCCUCAGAACAAUUUUGGUAGAUCGAUUCCUCCAGAAAAACCAAUUAGAAAGACAUUAUCGCAAUCGUAUCAACAAGAAGAUAUAGAAAAGAUAAAUAUGGAUACCAACGACAAAAUUUUGAAUCUUUCUAUUGUGUCCGAGACUCUAAAGACUCCUACAAUGUCAGAAUCAGAUACGGAUAGUAUUAUAUCUGCGGCAGAAGCAGCAAAAAGUCGAAGAAUGCAAUCGAAAUUGCGAUCCAUGACACCUGAAGAAGAGGCAGCCGAAGUAGAAGCUAAAAUGGCUGUUAUAAAUCAAUAUACUGAGAUAGUUCGAGAAUACUCGAGUCAUUCACGACACGGUAGCGCAGCUAGCUCUCGGAGAUCUUCAUUUUCUGAAGAUCAAGAUCAAAAGUAUCGAGUGCAAGAAAAACAUGCGCCAAAAUUAACAGACAAACAAGAGCAGGAUAAGAAAUUGAAAUUAAAAAUUAAAAAUAAGAAUGAAAUCAAUGAAGAAAAAAAAGAUAGUCAAACACCGCAUUCUAGAAGAGAAAGCGUUGGUUCUAGAGGUACGACUCCAACGAGAAAUACGAUGACUACGAUGAAGCGUAAAAGUAGACCAAACUCCAGGGACCAAUCUCCAGCUGCGAGAAGAAGUGAAAGAAUAGGAAGUGCUUCUUCAAGAUCAUCUUCGAAGACCAGAAAUCGUACACCUUCUAAGGAAAGAAAUAAUCGACCUUUAACAAAAAAUGAAUUGAACGAGCAUGAUUUUCGAUCUAAAAUAUCUUCUAGACCUUCCUCGCGCUCCUCAUCAAGAUCAAGUUCUAGAGAAAGAUUUGGAACGACAGUACCAAUAGAAUCGAAGGUUGAGAAAUUGCAAAAAGCACUCGAGAAUAGUAAGCAUCGAGCAAUGAAAAAAGAAAUCGAAGAAACUAAGGAGAAUGCACGAGAAAGCUAUUUUAAUCAAGCAAACGGAAAGUUAGCUUUAGAAGCUAAAAGAACAGUCAGAUCGACCGUAAGCUAUAUAACUGACUUGACAUUACUAAUAGCUGCAAUGUAUAUUUAUUUCUUUAAAAAAGAAACUUUGGCGAUUCCGUUUAUCGUGCUUCUUCUAUAUCGAAAAGUACAGGAAGAAAUACAUGGGUGGAUGCCACGUCGUUGGAAGCGAUCUACCAAGAAAUAUUAAUUGUCCGACGUAACAA